AUGGUUGAGCCUUUUUUGGGAACCUGGAAGCUGGUCUCCAGUGAAAAUUUUGAGGAUUACAUGAAAGAACUGGGAAUGAGCAUUGAAGCCCGAAAUGCAGCUGGGUUAGUGAAGCCGAGUGUCAGCAUUAGUGUCAGUGGGGAAACGGUGAGCAUCAGAACUGAGAGUCCCUUCAAGAACACGGACAUCUCCUUCAAGCUGGGGGUAGAAUUUGAUGAAACGACAGCAGACAAUCGCAAAGUAAAGAGCAUAGUAACAUUAGAUGGUGGCUCCAUGAUUCAUGUCCAAAAAUGGCUUGGCAAAGAAACAACAAUCAAACGAAAAAUUGUAGAUGGAAAGAUGGUAGUGGAUUGUACCAUGAAUAAUAUUGUCAGCACUAGAAUCUAUGAAAAGGUGUGAAGAAGAGACCCACAUCAACAAGAACUUGUUUGUUAACAGGAAACU